AUGGCGGGUCCCACCGUUCAUCAGCGCCGCGACUCGGGUAUCUCUCAGUAUCUCAAUCUCAGCCGGCUUGGCCUCAGUCAUCUUCCGCCACACCCUGAAUUCCCUGAGUCGCUUCGUAAUGAUCAAAUCAGCCUGAGCCAGUUUCUCAAUAAUCUAAUUGCAGAGGUUGGCCGGGUGAAGUUGAAUGAGGAUUUCACAGAGUACGGAACAUGGACUCCAAAGGAUUCUGAAAGCCCACUCAUGCCAUACAUUAUUAUGCCGCCGCCGUCCAGUAGUAACCUUGCAGAGGCUAAGAAUGAUCCUGUCUCUUUCCAGAGUCAUGGAACCGAGACCAUCAAUGUGCCAAUUGAGGUUCAGAAAUGGGUGAAGCGCAUGAAUAACACGUCGUGGUCAGGCAGAAGUUCGCAUCAUCUUGGGACUCAAAUACAAUACAAAGAGCUGGAUGAACUCCUGUCACAGGACCAUGGUCACAAGGAGGCCCAGUAUACGCCGAAUCUCUACGACGCCAAUGAACUCCUUGCCUGGAGCUCUGAAGACCUAGAGAAGGCUGUGGCAGAGCUGACCUGCACUGAAAGGGCUGAGAGGGUACAAAUGUCAAUUUUCCAAAUGUUUCACAAGAUGCCGAAAGUCGCUGGUGCUCACUUUCUGAACGAUCGCGUUUUCCAUGUCCUCAUUGUCACUCUCCAUUCAACCUUUGUGCUCCCAAACCCAGAUGUUUCCGUGACGAGACGACAAUCUAUUACCGUGCAAUUGCCGAUCGACUAUGAUUCAUUCCGUAAUGUCGAGACGAUAAUGCGAAGAAGUCAUCUGCAACAGAAAGGUUCUGGCCGCUAUUACCUUCCCCAAAGCUCGCCUCAAUAUCCGAUAUCUGCAAAGCAGAAGAAGAGAAAAGGGAACAAGCUCGUCGAAGGCAACUACGUUUCGCUGGAACAUUUGCACGAAGCAAACUUGGACUGGGACGCUGCACGGACUGACAGAGAGGCUUCCACCCAGACGGACACUGAUUAUUGUCACGAGUGGCGCAUGAUGACAUUGAGUACAGCAGGCGGGGUCACACGUUAUGCGCCACAGGGAAAGCAGGUGAAGGAGACACUUGAAGCCAUUGCGGGAGAUGUGUAUGAGGCUAUCGAGUGUAUACAGAAACAGAGGUAUGCCAAGAUAGGCCUGAGAAGGCCUGAGAGACAGAGGCCGUUCACAUAG